CCCACCAAGGUUACUGUUCUCUCUCCUGAAGGUUACCGACGACCGAUAAGAUAAGCAUUUCUCUCUACCCCGAAAAAGGCUCAUAAUCAUCACAAUUUCCAAUCUACAUUGAACAUGGAAUGGGAACACCAAAUUCUAGCGGCCGUUGUGGACCAAGACCAAUCCAAGAUCAAGCACAUCCUGUCCAGACCCGGGGUUUCGAACCUAUUGGCUCAUCAAGACCCCGAGGGAACAGUGGAACCCGCCCUUCACAAAGCCGUCGUUUUGGGUCAUGUGGAAAUUGUUCAAAUUCUCAUGGAACACGGAGCCAAUCCGGACCAACGGAACCAAGUACAAGACACUCCUCUACACACAGCUCUUCGCCUUCCGGGUUUAGAACUUAUGGUCAAGGUCUUGGUGGAUCACGGCUCUGACGUGAACAAACAAGAUUCCGAUGGUUUAACGGCCCUUCACUUGGCCAUUGAUGGCCACAGUCCAGUGAGCAUCGUGCAUCGUUUGAUCAACGCGGGGGCUUUGGUGAAUGGUAUACCUGAUAGUGGGGCUCCUUGUCCAUUACAUGUAGCCGUUCUAGCGGACAAUUUGGAAGCCUUAAAGGCCUUGCUUUGCCAUGGAGCGUCCUUGAAUCUAGUCCGAUAUGUCGAAACGUUCCACGGAACGCCCUUAGAAAUCUGCCACAAGCUUAAGAGUAAUCUUACGCAUUACGAAGCAAUGAGAGAUAUCUUAACGCAAUGGAAUAUGAAUGAGAAUAGUACAGAUAAGAAGCAUAAUAAAGCAUGUUUAGUGAUAUAACAACCCAAGCUUGCGUGAGUUUAUGGGCGACAAGUUCCGAAAAUAGGUUUGAAGGCGAGUCUCCAUCCUAGGCUUAGCAACACGGAGAUCCAAGCAGACCACCUGAGGAACGACCACUUAAG